CCCUCUGUUCUGCCGCCCGCAUAAGCAAAGCCACUCCGUUUUCUUCUGGUUUACCUUCUCCUUCCUUCGCCAUCGCCGCACCGCUACGGUCCGAUUUUCUUGAUCUUUUACUCCGGGAUACUCUACCUCUGCUGCAACAAUGGCGACGGUGAUGCAAAAGAUUAAAGACAUCGAAGAUGAGAUGGCAAGGACACAAAAGAACAAGGCAACAGCUCAUCACCUUGGCUUGCUUAAGGCUAAACUUGCAAAGUUACGCAGAGAACUCCUUACUCCUUCCUCGAAAGGAGCUGGUGGUGCCGGGGAAGGUUUUGAUGUUACAAAGAGUGGAGAUGCAAGAGUUGGUCUGGUAGGCUUCCCUUCAGUUGGGAAAUCUACUCUGCUAAACAAAUUAACGGGAACUUUUUCUGAGGUUGCUUCCUACGAGUUCACCACGUUAACUUGCAUCCCAGGUGUGAUCGUGUAUAGAGGGGCCAAAAUUCAGUUGUUGGAUCUCCCUGGAAUUAUUGAGGGGGCUAAAGAUGGAAAAGGUAGAGGGAGACAGGUUAUCAGCACUGCUAGGACAUGCAAUUGUAUAUUAAUUGUCCUUGAUGCAAUAAAGCCUAUAACUCACAAGCGUCUGAUUGAGAAAGAGCUUGAGGGAUUUGGAAUAAGAUUGAAUAAGGAACCACCCAAUUUGACAUUCAGAAAGAAAGACAAGGGUGGUAUUAAUUUCACCUCAACUGUUGCAAACACCCACCUUGACCUUGAAACUGUUAAGGCAAUAUGUAGUGAAUACAGAAUUCACAAUGCUGAUAUAACCCUGAGGUAUGAUGCGACUGCUGAUGACCUAAUUGAUGUCAUUGAAGGCAGUAGGAUAUACAUGCCUUGCAUCUAUGUUGUGAACAAGAUUGACCAGAUUACACUGGAGGAGCUUGAGAUUUUGGAUAAACUUCCUCACUAUUGCCCGGUCAGUGCCCACCUGGAGUGGAACCUAGAUGGUCUGCUGGAGAAGAUAUGGGAGUAUCUUAACUUGACUCGCAUAUACACAAAGCCCAAAGGGCUGAAUCCAGACUAUGAAGACCCUGUUAUUCUGUCAUCAAAGAAGAGGACUGUUGAGGACUUUUGCGAACGAAUCCACAAAGACAUGGUCAAACAAUUUAAGUAUGCUUUGGUAUGGGGGUCAAGUGCCAAACACAAGCCUCAAAGAGUUGGCAAGGAGCAUGAACUUGAGGAUGAAGAUGUGGUGCAAAUUAUCAAGAAGGUAUAAUUUCAGACAGCCAAGAUUUUUUCAAUCGUCCAUGUUUGUUGAUGCCUAUCGAGCUGUCGCGGGAAUGAUAUUUUCCAGUUCGAUGGCAAUGUUCCCAGAGAUGAAAUUAGGCAGAAGAUGAGCAGCUUGAUGUGUAAUUAAGGCAUUUUGUGGUCAGGCCCUGUUCUAUUCACUUGCUCAUUACAUAAUUCAGUCUCUUAUAACUCUGUUCUGUUUUGGCACCUUAAACAACAUUUCACGUAGGACUGGACAGAAGAAUUUGGGUAUCUCUUGGAGUGCAUAUGAUUCUCUAAUUGAUGUUGAGUCGUCAGAUCUCAAAUCUAUGGUUGCGAGAUUUAUAUUCAAAUAGCGUCAUUUAUUUAAUUAUGUGCUCAAGAUAGGGAGAGAAUAAGAAGUAUCAAAAUUGUGUUUUUCAGUGUGGAUUGUAUAAAAAGGAUGCAAUUAU